UCGCAUCUUCAAGAGUACAUCUAGGCGAGCCUUUAGUUGCCAGUGUUUACUGGGAACUGUAUCUACGAGUUCCCUCGACAACUAACUCCGCAUGUUCCGGAGUGAGACAGUACUCUUGAGUGUUUGGACAAAGCCUGAGUCUACGUACAAGGUCAAGACACUUCAUGGCAUCCUUUGUGUAUCAGUUGACGGCACAGGUUUUGCGGAGCCAUUGAGCUCUGCAAGCAUUCUCACAUGCCAGUGGUGGUCUAGUGUCCGGUUUGUCUUAUUCGUCUCCGAGGAACAAAGAUUACACUGGAAGUACAAUAAAUCCUCGUCCUCCUUUUCCGUGACCGGCUCAAACAUUCUGGCAUGGAGCUGUAUGAAUUCAGUUCAGACUAUUGGUGUCUGGGACCAUGGGUCCGAGAGGUCUUCGAGAGGUUCGACCUGGACUGCAUGGUUAUAGCUAGCUUGGAUCAGAAUAUCAGUCAUGAACGUUUCCCCUACGCCAUGUAUAACAACACGUUGGGUAUACACCAAGUUGUACAUCCUCACCAAUUAAGUGAUCAUCCAUCAUUUGUUAUACCCAUCUCUUCAGCAUCGAAUCCUUCCAUGCAGUCUUCUGGUAGUACCUCUCCCAGUGUGAAAGCGUUUGUUCCGAUGAACAUUCCGCAGUAUAACAGAGAUGGCUCCUCGACUGUUAUGUUCCAGGUGAAUACAGAAAAGAAUAGUCUAUGUGUUCCUUUGGAGGAGUGUCUUCAGCCCGGCGGUGGACCGCACUUGAAAGACGCCCACGAAAUUAUGUUCCCGACAGUCGAUCGUACUCAGGUCCAGACUUUCAAACUCGUCAUAGCUUGGCCCGGAUAUGAUACAGUGGAGUACCCGAUCGACAUCGGGACGAACGAAAUGCCCAUCACAAGGGCUGAUCUCGCGCGUCAAAUUGCGUAUCACUUUUUUGGCUUUUGCAUCCAAUGUGAUAAUGGCCAUUUCAUUCAAAGCUCGCACUUGCAGUGGAAAAUCGGAGGGCGAGACGGGUAUUCGUUUCAUCAGAUCCACCUGUCAACAUUCUGGAAUAUCGAAGGCACCUCUUGGGCAGCCUCCGUCAGAGUCCUGGAAAAUGCCUAGUACCUGCUGCACAUGUCAACUUGUCCUCCCCGCAAAUUUUGUAUACCCUCAUUGCAUCUGAAUAUUAUAACACAUACCUGACCAUCGUCUAGUGUAUAUAUUGUACCCCGAGCACUAUGCACGAGAACUAAACUGAAACACUGCUACACGUCAC